CAGACCCAGGUCCCAGAUCUUGGGAAACAUUCAUUUUAGAACAAAGCAGCUCUUGUGUUAUAGGAAUCAGGAGGUCUCUAGGAAGGGGAAUUUUACCUGGAAGAGAACACUCCUGUUCUUAAUGUCCUACCCAAAGUGUCAAAGCAGAGGCAAAAGAGCACAGAAAGGGGCAGGGCCUAAAUUUGCAUGGUCAGAAGCAGUUCUUGAUCCCCCUGCCCAGAUUUGGAGAUGUUGCCACAUCCGGAAGCCACCACACUGUGCAAUAGUGGGAGAUUUGGGCCAGCUUUGAGAAAAGGAGGUGGGCUGGGGUGGCCCAGGGGUAUGUUGCCUGAGAAAGGCCACUUUGGGAAAGCCUGUGAGGCUGAGGUCUAGGGGAGAGGAGUGACCAACCAGAGGGUGAAAUUCUGUCUCCACUGUUGCUAAAUGGCCCCCAGUCCCUUCAUUCUUCAGUCUUUACAGAUGCUAUGCAGUCUCACAUGUGUCAGUUGCCACAUGUGAUCUUAUUGACUUAUCCUGACCUCACAAUCCCAAAAUAAUGGGUCACGAAGGUUUUCCAUGGUCAUCUACUUCUGACUCUUGAAAGCUUUAAAGAAAUUGGACCUGAGCAGUUCAGUGACUUGUCAAGGGACACCCAGUUUGUGACAGAGCCAGGAGGAAAAAGUGCAGUGCACCUUGUCACAGAUGGUGCUGCCUCUGCAUGGUCCUUCCCAGGCCUCCCAGCUGAACCAUCACAGUUAUUUGCACUCUCCCAAGAGCAGCAGAAUGGAUACAUUUCAGGCAUCACUGUCAUUCAAGGACGUGGCUGUGGAGCUGACCCAGGAGGAGUGGCAGCAGAUGGACUCUGUGCAGAGGGCCCUGUACAGGGAUGUGAUGCUGGAGAACUACAGCCACCUUGUCUCCGUGGGGUAUUGCCUUAUAAAACCAGAAGUGAUUUUCAAGUUGGAGCAAGGAGAAGACCCAUGGUUAUUAGAGGAUGAAUUUCUAAACCAGAGUUAUCGAGAAGACUGCCGACUUGAUCUUUUAGAGAGGAACCAGGAAAACCAAGACCAAUAUUUCUGUCAAGUUUUAUUCAGCAACCACCAAACGUUGACUACAGAGCAAGAGAAAGUUUCAGGAAAACCGUUUAAUCUGGGCACAGACAUUUUUCCUUCAAGAAAAAUACCUUGUAAAUGUGACUCUGUGGAGCCAACGUACUUGGAUCUCUACCCUUUGGCCCCACAUAAUUACUCAAAAAAAAAGGCUGAUGAGUUUAAUGCAUCUCAUUUCAGUACUAGAAAUGAGAGAACCAAUACUGGAGAGAAAUCUUUUGAUUAUAAUCAAAAUUUGCAAGGUUUUAGUUAUGUUGAGGAACUUAUUCAGCAUCAGACUUUUCAGACUUUGGGGCAGUCAUUUGAAUAUAGUGAACAUGGUAGUGCUUUCCAUGAUAAGGCUGCUUUGAUUACACAUAAGAGUGCCCACACAAAAGAGAGAUCUUAUAAAUUUGGAAAAAACCUACAUGAUAACUCAGCCCUUAUUGUCUCUCCAAGUAUUCACACAGAGAAGAAUCACUCUGACUUUAAUGAAGAUGAAUGUAAUAAAACUGGGAACAAUUUCGGUAGGGUUACUCAACUUCAGAGAACUGAUACAGGAGAGAAAAAUUUUGGUCAAAAAGCACAUUUCAGAAAGUAUCAGAGAAUUCAUACAGGUGUGAAACCUCUCGAAUAUGGAAAAAGUGUUAGCCACAUUUCAGCCAUUAUAGUACAACAGAGAACUCACACAAUAGAGACAUCUUGUGAUAACACAUGUAGGGAAACUUUCGAUUCUCAGUCAGCCUUCAAUACAGAUGAGAGAACUCAUGGAAGAGAAAAGCACUAUGAGUGUAAUGAAUGUCAAAAAUCCUUCUCUAGGCGGUCAUCCCUCAUGGUACAUCAAAGAACUCACACAGGUGAGAAAACCUAUGAAUGUAAUGAAUGUGGGACAGCUUUUUCCUGGAAAUCAUCCCUAGCAGUUCAUCAGAAAACACACACGAAGAAGAAACCCUAUGAAUGCAAUGAAUGUGGUAAAACUUUCAGGCAGAAGUCAAGCCUUGGAAUACAUCAGAGAAGUCACACAGGUGAGAAACCCUAUGGAUGUAAUGAAUGUGGGAGAGGUUUCGCUUACAUGUCACACCUCAGAGCACAUCAGAGAAUUCACACAGGUGAGAAACCCUAUGAAUGUAAUGAAUGUGGGAGAGCUUUCACCUACAUGUCACACCUCAGAGGACAUCAGAGAAGUCACACAGGCGAGAAACCCUAUGAAUGUAAUGAAUGUGGGAGAACUUUCACCUACAUGUCCCACCUCCGAGGACAUCAGAGAAUUCACAAAGGGGAGAAACCCUAUGAAUGUCUUGAGUGUGGGAAAACUUUCCUCUGGAAGUCAAUCUUGAGAAUACAUUGGAGAAGUCAUACAGGGGAGAAACCCUAUGAAUGUAAUGAAUGUGGGAGAGCUUUCACCUACAUAUCACAUCUUAGAAUACAUCAGAGAAGUCACACAGGCGAGAAACCCUAUGAAUGUAAUGAAUGUGGUAAAACUUUCAGCCAGAAGUCAGACCUUAGAAAACAUCAGAAAAUUCACACAAUGGAGAAACCCUAUGAAUGUAACUAAUGUGGAAAAGCUUUCAUUUGCAAUUUAACUCUCCAAACUAAAAUUAUGAGGCACUUCACACAGGCGAGUAUAAUGAAUCACAUUUUCAGCAGUGAGUUUCACCUAUUGAAACAUGAGAAAACUCACAAAGGGGGGGAGAAAUCCUAUACAUGUGGUAAUGUGGGAAAAUUUUCAGAGGGUUUUCGGAUGUAAAAAGCCAAGGGGAGGAAAAAUAACUCUUUCACUGCUCUGUUAGGUUCAGUGACUGGUGCCCUGCAAAUUGAAAGACAUUAACACAGAAAAAGGUCUAUUUCAUAUAUGUGUGGAGUGGCCUCUCAGAAAUGAAAUGAAAACCCCAAAGAGGUGGUCAGACCUUGAGGCUUACAUACCAUUUUAACAAAAGGGAAAUACAUUUGCAGAGAAGUGACUAGCCAAAGGAAUAGGAUUUUGAGCUUCUAGAGGUGGUAAAUUGUGAAAAGGUAAAUAUAUGGGGAAUCCAAUGGAUGAUAAGGAUUAUUUCAGUAAGAUUUGUUUAUGCAGAUGUUAGUUGGUGCCAUCUUCAAUGAUAAGAGUUGUAUCCUCUUACCUCAUAAUGGGAGAGGGAAUGAGGAAAACUUCACAAAGGGAGAUUUAUGCCCUGCCUUUAGGUAGAUAGGGGGAGGAUGGAUUUUUCUGUGUCUACUGUUUUUCAAUUGCUUUCAGCUCAAAAUAAUCCUUAAGCCAAAGUGGCUUGUUUUGGGGUGCCAUAUUGAUUCCCUUCUUCACACAGAGGAGAAACCUUAUAAAUGUGAUGGAUGUCGGGAAGAUUUUCACCAGAAGUGAAAUCUCAGACCAUCAGAAAACUCACAGGGAAUUAAACGUACGAAUGUAAUGAAUAUGGAAAAACUUUCAUCCAUACAUCAAAUCUUACAUUAAAUCAACUUAAAGACAAUUAAAUUAAAGACAACUUAUACACAUAAACAGCCCUGUAAAUGUCAUGGAUCUUGGAAUGUUUUCAGCCAGAAAUCACAUCUUUGAGAACAUCAGGGAACUCAGACAAACUAUAAAGAUGAUGAGUGCAGGGAAACUCUCAGCCACAAGUCAGGGCUAAGAAAAGAUUGCAAAACUCAGAGAAAUUAAUGUGGAAGUUCCUCACUAAACAUAAGAGAACUGGCUUAGUCUGUUCAGGCUGUUAUAGCAAAAGUACCGUAGACUGGCUUAAAUAACAAGUGUUUAUUUCUCACAGUU